AUGUCGGUGCUGAAAAAAACCGACUGGAAAUCGAUGUGGAUUUCGAUUUUCCUCCAAUUUUUAGUCGGUGUUCAGAUUUCUGUGUAUUAUAUGUCAAUGUGGCCGUAUUUGAGUGGGGUAAGCUACUUUUGGCGGGAAAAUUUGGAAAAUUUGAAUUUUUUUUAGCUGGAUUCUACGGCUGAUAUGGAUUUUUUGGGAUGGAUUGUGGCGGCUUGCAGUAUUGGAGCGACUAUUGUGAGUUAAGGGAAGUAUGGACUGAAAUUUUGCGCUGAAAACGGUGGAAAUACUGAAAAUCGCUGAAAAUCAAUAAUUCCAGCAUUUUCAGCACAAAAUUGUAGUCUAGAAACAUUUUUGAAUGAAAAAUGUGACCCCCUCCCCUUACCAUAAGGGGGGGGGGUCACUUUUUCUCUUACUGAUAGAAAUUAUAUUUCUAGAUCAGAAUUUUGUGCUGAAAACGCUGGAAAUACUGAAAAUCACUGAAAAUCAUAAAUUCCAGCAUUUUUAGCACAAAAUUCUGAUCUAGAAAGUUAUUUUUCUAAAGCAAUCUGGUUGAUCCAUUUUUUCGGAAUUUUUGGCACAAUUUUCUACAGUAGCUUUUGAAAAGAGUUUCUAGGCUAAAAUUUUGUGCUGAAAAUGCUGGAAUUACUGAAAAUCGCUGGAAAUCAUGAAUUCCAACGCUUUCAGCACAAAAUUUGAGUCUAGAAGUGAUUUUUGGGAUCCGGAAAGUUUCCGGAGGCCUCCGGAAGCUCUCUAGAGGUUCCGAAAGCCCACUAAAACCCCCAAAUCUUCCAGUCCACCCCCAUCUACGGCUACUGGAAUCAAAAAACCAUGUCUGUCAAAUACCCAGCCAUCACCGGUUUCAUCAUCGCCGCUCUCGGUCAACUCUGGUACGGUCUUCUCUACCUCUUCCCAACCCAUACAAAAUGGAUAAUGCUCUCCGCGCGGCUUCUAACCGGCCUUGGCGUCGGCAACAUUUCCGCAAUCCGCGUCUACGCAGCCACCGCGUCAACGGAAGAAGACCGCAUGCGUGCGAUAUCCUUCGGUACCGCCGGUUUUGUAUCCGGAGUCUCGUUUGGACCGGUCAUCUCAGCCGUCUUCACCCCGCUUGGUGAGACAGGUACCGUAGUACUAUCUGUCCCUUUAAAUAUGUAUACGGUAGUCGCAUUCCUCAUGUUCACUGUCUCUCUCGCCGUCUGCGCUCUCGUUUAUUUCUGCUUCGAGGAAUCGUACCCCGGAAUUUAUGACGAGGCGGAAAAAGCGCGCGAAAAUAUUGUGGUCCCGAAAUUUGACAAAACCUCAGCGGCAAUUUGCAUCUACCUCUUCACAAUUAUCAACAUUAUCGCCACAAAUAUUGAAGUUAUGUCAACUCCCCUAACUACAGUACUCUAUGAUUGGAAAGAUUCCGAUGCGAUUUUGUACAAUGGAAUUAUUGUGUUUUUGAGUUGUGCGGUGUCGGUGGCGUUUAAUAUGACACAAGGAAUGACGAGAUUGGGAGAUGUGUGAGUGUUUUUGGCUGGAAAUGCUGAUUUUCAGCGUUUUCAGCACAAAAUUCUGAUCUAGACCGAAAAAUGUGACCCCCCCCUGGCCUCUUGGGGGGUGUACUUUCUUCAAAAAAUGUUCCCCCGCUCAAAUUUCUUGCUGAAAACGCUGGAAUUUAUGAUUCCCAGUGAUUUUGAGGAUUUUCAGCAUUUUCAGCACAAAAUUCUGAUCUAGAGAAGUAUUUUUCACAGAAAUCCGGUUGAUCCAUUUUUUCGGAAUUUUUGGCACAAUUUUCUACAGUAGCUUUUGAAGAGUUUCUAAACUAGAAUUUUGUGCUGAAAAUGCUGGAAAUCCUCAAAAUCGCUGAAAAUCAAUAAUUCCAGCAUUUACAGCACAAAAUUUCAGAUCUAGAAGUGGUUUUCGGCUCCUGGAACUAUCUAUAAAAAUAUCCAAACUUUUUCAAACUCAUAAGUUCAAAAUUUUCUAGACCGAAAUUUUAUGCUGAAUACGGUGGAAUUAUUGAUUUUCAGCGAUUUUCAGUAAAUCCAGCAUUUUUAGCACAAAAUUCUGAUCUAGAAAAAUAUUUUUCACAGAAAUCCGGUUGAUCCAUUUUUUCGGAAUUUUCGACACAAUUUUAGACAGUAGCUUUUCAAGAGUUUCUAAACUAGAAUUUUGUGCUGAAAAUGCUGGAAAUCCUCAAAAUCGCUGAAAAUCAAUAAUUCCAGCAUUUACAGCACAAAAUUUCAGAUCUAGAAGUGGUUUUCGGCUCCUGGAACUAUCUAUAAAAAUAUCCAAACUUUUUCAAACUCAUAAGUUCAAAAUUUUCUAGACCGAAAUUUUAUGCUGAAUACGGUGGAAUUAUUGAUUUUCAGCGAUUUUCAGUAAAUCCAGCAUUUUUAGCACAAAAUUCUGAUCUAGAGAAGUAUUUUUCACAAAAAUCUGGUUGAUCCAUUUUUUCGGAAUUUUUGGCACAAUUUUCUACAGUACCUUUUGACGAGUUUCUAGGCUCAAAUUUUGUGCUGAAAAUGCUGGGACUACUGAAAAUCGCUGAAAAUCAAUAUUUCCAGAAUUUUCAGCACAAAAUUCGAGCCCAGAAUCAUUUUUUGGGCUUCUGGAACAUUCUGGAAAAAUUCCAAAUUUUGUAGAUCAUAAAAAAUAUUCCAAAACUUAUCUAGACCGAAAUUUCGUGCUGAAAAUGGUGGAAUCUAUGAUUUUCAGUGAUUUUGAGGAUUUUCAGCAUUUUUUUCGAGCGCCAGAGGCGCGAGUGUAAACCGCAAGCUUCCGCGAAGCGGCCGGGAAUCUUCCGCGUAGCGGCCACGUCUAGGCGCAAUCCGCAAGUUUCUGCAUCCGCUUCCGCUCCCCCCCCCAAAUUCUAAUUUUCCAGCGACAAGCGUAUUCAAAUGCUUUUGGGCACCUCAAUCUUCCUCCUCUACAAUCUCUUCAUGUAUCCCUGGCCUAUAAUCUAUGAAGGUCCCCUGAAUUUCAUUCCUCGAAAUGAAACCAGUAUGACAAUCGGAGGAUGUCUCGAAACCUACACUUGGUGCAAUUCCACCACCCGUGUCCCUCAAAAUGUCUAUAUUUUCUGUUUUAUCGUCUUUUUCGGGCUCGCCUUCCCAUUCAUCGAAGCCCCUUCAGCAGCUUUAUACUCAGAGGUCUUGGGCCCCAGAAAACAGGGAACAAUGCAGGGAAUAUUCUCGAUGGUCGGAAAUUUCGCGCCAGUUAUCGGAAGUCUUGUGUCCACUAGUCUUUUUCAACACACUGGUUAUAAAUAUGUGAUUUUAUUUCAGACUGUGAUUUUGUUAAUUGGAGCUGGACUUAUUUUUGGGUUUUAUAGGAGACUUGUACCUUUGAAAGUUGUUAGGAAUUCGAAUUUUAGUGAUGUUGCAAAGUUUUGA